AUGGAAACACUAAACCAAAGCUACCAAGGAGAGUUCAUCUUAUUGGGAGUGGCUGACCGCCCUCACUUGGAGAAGUUGCUCUCUGCAAUUGUUCUGAUCUGCUACGUGAUGACCUUGCUUGGAAACACAAUAAUCAUUGUGGUAUCACAGCUGGAUCCUUCUCUCCACACCCCCAUGUAUUUCUUCCUCACCAACCUCUCCUUUCUAGACCUCUGUUACACAACGAGCCUUGGUCCCCACAUGCUAGUGAAUUUCUGGAGAAAACGAAAGACCAUUAAGUAUGCUGCUUGUGCAGUCCAGCUUUAUGUCUCUCUUAGUCUGGGCUCAACAGAGUGUCUUCUAUUGGCAUCCAUGGCUUAUGACCGCUAUGCAGCAGUCUGCCAGCCUCUGCGCUACACUGUCAUUAUGAGCCAUUCUGUAUGUUUCAAAAUGGCCACUGUCUCCUGGGUGAUUGGUUUCAGCCACUCAUUAGUGCAGACAAUAAUGACUCUGAAGCUCCCAUUUUGUGGAAACAACAGGAUAGACCAUUUUUUCUGUGAAGUACCAGCACUGCUGAGAUUGGCAUGUGUUGACAUCUCGGUCAACGAGGCUGUUCUCUCGGCUUCCUGCAUAGUCAUCCUUCUGCUCCCUUUGGGCCUUAUCAUAGUUUCAUAUGGUUACAUCACAGUUGCUGUCUUGAGGAUCCGCUCAGCCGAAGGCAGGCACAAGGCAUUCAGCACCUGUGCUUCCCACUUGACUGUGGUGUCUCUCUUUUAUGGCUCAGCCAUUUUUAGCUAUCUCCAACCUCCUUCUAACUACUCCCACGACCAAGGCAAAAUGAUGUCCCUGUUCUAUACCGUGGUUGCUCCAAUGCUUAACCCUUUAAUCUAUACGCUGAGGAACAAAGAUGUCCACAGAGCUCUAAGAAGACUAAUGCACAGGGAACCAACCCUGUAG